UUUGUUUCUCCAGUGAAGUUUAAUGUUGUAGCUCCCUCUGGCCUUGUCUAUGGCCUGGCUGGUGAAGACAUGCUGUUGCCCUGUGUCCUGGAGCCCAGACUCAGUGCAGAGGGCAUGGAUGUGGAAUGGGUGACUGAAGAUGGAGGUGGAGUGCACGUGUACAAAAACAAGACAGACAGCCUGGACGAACAGGACGAAAGCUACCGGGGAAGAACAGGGCUGUUCAGGGAGGAACUACGCACAGGCAACGUCUCACUGAAGCUCAGCCCAGUCAGACUCUCAGACGCAAACACAUAUUGGUGUGGGGUCAAGGCUGAUGGAAGGGCGGACGAUGCCAAGCUCAAAGUCAUAGUGAACGCUGUCGGCUCUCAGCCAAACAUCUCCACUGAGAUUCACUUAAACGGGAGUGCCAGUCUGGUGUGCCAGUCUGAAGGCUGGUACCCUGAGCCCAGCAUCGAGUGGCUGACCAGCGCAGGAGAGGUUCUCCCGUCAGGACCUGUAGAGUCCAGCCGCACCAGAGACGGCUUCGCGGUUAGUCGGCGAGUCGUAAUACAGGAGAGCGAUGGAAGAGUAAAAUGCAGAGUCUCUUCUCCAAAUCAGACUAAGGAGGCUGAUGCCCCACGUGAGUAUCAGCCAUUCCAGGAUGAAAAGUAA